AUAGCGAGACAACAAAGAUGGCGGUCUGAUUUUAGUGUUGCCGUCUUUGUGUAUGUUUACGCUCCAUUUUAUUUCACCAAAGUGAAUAGAUACUGCUUGAUCAAAUGUCGCAUCGAAAAGCAAGUAAACGUAGGAGAGAACCAGAUGGAGAUGGAGACUUCUCUCCUUCUUUCCUCUCGCAAACAAAACGAUCAAAGUCAGAUGAAGACGGUGAAGAAAUAGUUGAACGGAAUGAAAGUCCACUACAUACUUUACAAGACACCGAUACCGGGGUCAGAAGAUCAUCAAGGCCGCCUAAGCCUAAGGUAUUUGAUGAUGAAGAAACUGCUGUUAUUGGUAGAACUGUUGAGGCAUCUUCAAGCUCAAAACCAGGCGAUUCGGGAUUAAUUCAGUCAAUUUUGCAACCUUCUACCAUCUCUAAACGGAUUACACCCAAAAACGAACCUUCGAUCGCCAGAAAACAAAAGAAGUCGAAUCCUACUGUCUCUUUUGAUGAAGGUCACAAGAGGGAAACUAGACGAAGUUAUCAAAAUUAUCUUGAAGAGCUCAAAACAGAGACAGAUCCUUUUAAAACAGCACGAAAUGAAGUAGAAUGUAUAGAACAGACAACAAGUAAAAAGCAACACAGAAGUCGUGAAAGAAAAGUCACACAAAGGAGAAAAUCAGAUGCUACCAGUCAAGUAGUUGAAAGUACAACACCAAAGACCACAGGAGUUAUGCAGAAAAAAGAAAAAGGUACUUCUAACUCAAGGACUAAGAAAGAAACUCCAGAUGAGCCCUCACCAAAGGUCAGGAUGUCAUCAAGGACCCCUGUCCCUAAGAGGAUCUUUUCACUGCUUGACGAAGAAGAAAAAGCAGAGCAGAAAUCAGAGGAACCUGGUACUCCAGAAUUGGAGAAUGAGUCGGUAAAUUCAAGUUCUCCUAAAGCGAGAUCCUCUUCAAGACCUCAUAUGCCAAAAAAGGGUUUUCCUUUACUUGAGCAAGAAGACAGAAAGGAAGAGAAGCAAGACGUGCCAGAAUUAACCUCUUCCAAAACAAGAACUCCAAAAAGUCAAGGUACCAAGAGGAGACUGUCAACAGAAGGUUCAAAUGAUCGGAAUCUUUCAAAGAGCAUUCCAGUCACAGGUGAUGAACCUUCGCCUAAAGUGCGAGUGUCAUCACGAGGUCAUAAGCCAAAAAGAACUUUCUCACUUCUUGAGAGUGAUGAAGGUUCUGACAAAAAUGAAAAAGAAAGUAACCUGUCUGAAAAGAUAUCCGAGGAAGAAAAGUUUGUGUUGGCAAAUCAAAUUGAGCAACAAAAAUCCACUACACCCAAGGAACCCAAGAGAAGAAAAAGUAACAGCGGUCAGCAGUUCAGUAAAGUACAGUCAUCGGCCAAGAAGGGAUUAAAACCGUCUUCACACCAGGGGAAAGAGAAGUCAGACAGUGUAGUGGUCAAAGUGGAAGGGUCAGAUGUCAGUAGAUAUAUCAGCACAGAAGCUGUUGUUUCAGAAAAUAAGGCAGCUGUUAUUACCCCAGCAUCAGAGACAAGCUGGUCAGCAGGUUCAAAAGAUGACCAAGGUAAAGGAAGGUUAAAUAAAAGAAAGGGUAAACCUGUCAAAAAGAAAGUCACUACUUCACAAGAGGCUCAGAUGUCAAUGGUUGGUGUACCUGAUGUGAAAGUCAAAGUCGAACCUGAGCUUAGUGCUGAUUAUGAAACAUUGAUUUCUCCAGAGACAAUCACAACAAAGGGCUCAAGUAAAAAGAAACAAACUCAAUCACUUGGUAAAAAUGUUGUCAAACAAGAAGGUGUGGAGAACACUGAAGGAUUUUCUCUGAGUGACAUUGCCAGGGGUGUUAUUGAUAGCUCUACAGCAUCCAGUGAUCUAAAUACCAGUGUAUCAAAAGGUAAAAGAAAAGGAAAGCUAAGUAAAGACACAAAGCAAAAAGCUAACAAAGAUAAGAGCAAGGCCCUUGACAGGUCAAAGAAAGCCGCAAGCAAUUCUGACAGUAAAACUGAAGAACACGAGCACAUCAUCUUAAAAUUACAACUUCCUCAAUCAGAAGAUUCGACAAAACACAAGAAACAUCAUCAUCAUCAUCACCAUCACCAUCACCAUCAUCAUAAGCACAAACAUUCCUCAGGAAGUCAUGAAAGUGGCUCGCCAAAGAAAUCACAUCACAAGAAAUCUGCAGCCAAAUUACCUGAUGAAAGUUCAGAUCCUGGUGGAAAUGAAAAGGCUGUGAUAAAAAAGAAAAAGAAGAUCUCCAUCAAAUUCAAGGGUCUCUUGAACAAUGAGCCAGGAAUGGCAAGUAAUAACCUUGAACAGAGUAACAGUGCAGGACUUAACUCCACUGAAAAACAACCUAACGAAAGUGGCAAAAAGAAAAAGAAACCAAAAAAGGCCAUUUCUCAUGAUGAAGAGCAGUUACAACCUUCAUCAUCUGAGGGUGAACGUGUUAGGUUGGUGAUUAAAAAAGAUAAGAUUCCUACAGACAGUAAGUCUGGAGAUGUGAAGACAAAGAAGAUCUCAAAACCAACAACGUCAACUUCAGCUAACCAGAAGAAAACCGCUUUAGCAACAGAAAGUAAAAAGGGAAAGGGAAGUUUAACUCCAGCAAAACGUACCAAGUCACCACAGAAGCCUAAAAUAGUAACAUCCUACCUGCUGUUUUGCAAGCAGCAUCGAAAGAAAGUAGUGGAAGAAAACCCUGGAUUAGAAUUUACUGAAAUUAGCAAGAAAGUUGGCAUCGCUUGGAACAAUCUUAGUGAACAAGACAAGGAGAGUUGGCGGCAAGAAGCAGAGGAACUCAAGAAAUCUCUUGGACUCAGCAGCCCCAAACCUUCAAUCACAUCUAAAGAGGAAAAAGCGGAAGCUAUUGACUUAGCGGCGCACUUGCAACUCUUGGGGGAGUCCCUGUGUACUGUUGGAGCCUGUCUUCGCGUACAGGAUCCAGGUGAAGUCCAUGGCAGUUUGUCUGUGUUAUUAGACUCCGCCCUGUGUGCCAUAGCACCUUUACUGUUUCUAACAUCGCAAAUACCAGAAAUAAAUGGUUGCUCCGUAAAAACCCAGGCUGAAGUGUUGGAUAAUCUUGCUUACCUGAUGCCUGGCCUGGGUUGAACUUUGACUAUUGUUAUUUAUACAACGUACAGUGUAAAUGUCUACAAUGUGGGAAAAGUAAAUUAAAUACUUUCCUUGUUUCUUUAAAGUUAUCGGCAUACAUUAAUGUAUGAGAAAGUCUUAAAGAAUAAGACAGACAUUAAGAGGAAACAAUGCAAUAGGCAAGAUGUUUUGGACUGAACACAAGUCAAAGUAGUUCUGUCAUACUUUUGGGAAAACAAGAAGAAAAUGCUUCAUAAUUUCCUUGAGGAAAUAUGCAUAAAGUGAUACCAGUGUUGUCAUGAAACAAUAUGUAAUUAGUUUGGACAUCUUUGUGGCUUAUGACAACUUUCUGUAAAUUUCAUUUAAUUUAACUAUUUAGUUGACAUGAUGAUAGAUGAGAAUGCAGCCAUAACACUACUAG